CUCGGCUCUCCUGAUAGCCGCACGCACUGUUGGACCGUGGAGCCGUCGAGGUUCGGGCAUGCCAAAAUGUACAAAUGCAAAAGCCAAGCUCGACGAGUCUGGGGAGUUUCUCAUUGGCAUUCGCAUCCCACGAAACGUAAAAGUUGUGGCGACCUGAAUGCGCACGUGGCGGACGAGAGGAUGAUCUCCUUGUCAUGCCAGAAGGCACCGCUUCCCUCCUUCUGGCAGGAGCGUUCAACGUUACAUUCUCUACCAUUUAGAGCUUAGUCCCUGCUCGGAGACGUCUACCUCUUCGAAGGGUCUUUUUUGGUUCUUCAUCUUCUGCUUCCAGCAUCGCAUCGUAUCGCAUUUUCUUUUCCUUUGCCUUGAGUGGCUUUUGUAUCGUGAAUCGGCAUUAUCAAGAUGCAGAACGUACAGCUUGAUGACUAUCACAAGGACCAUACGAUCGCCGAGAGCAAUGUCGAUCUCGACGCGGACAGCGAUUUCCAGCAGUUGCGAGCUCGACAUUAUGAUCCUCACAGUGAUGAGCGGGACAUGAGAAGAUUGGGGAAGAAGCAAGAAUUGAAGCGUCGAUUCCGCUUCUUCUCUGUCGUGGGCUUCGUGGUCGUCCUGGGACUCACGUGGGAAUUCUCCCUCACUACCCUCGUCUUCAAUCUCGGAAACGGUGGCACGGCUGGUGCGAUAUGGCUGGUGCUUGUGGUCUGCUGCUGCAUGUUCUUCGUCAUGUUGUCCAUGGCGGAGUUGGCAUCGAUGGCACCUACGUCUGGAGGGCAAUACCACUGGGUGUCUGAAUUCGCGCCUCCGCAUCUACAACGAAUUCUAUCGUACGCAGUCGGCUGGCUUUGCGCGCUCGGGUGGCAAUGCGCAAUGCCUACUGUCGCCUACAUUGGCGCUCAGCAGGUGCUUGCACUGAUUGUCAUCUGCACGGACGGAAGCUAUGUGAUCCAGGGAUGGCACGGCUCGCUCAUGACCAUGGCAUUUGUACUCUCGGCAAUCUCGUUCAACACCUUUGCGAUCGGCAAGCUACCGAUCCUCGAGGGUCUGGCCGUUGUCCUUCACAUCUUCGGCUUCUUCGCAUUCAUCGUCAUCAUGUGGGUUAUGGGCCCACGAGCAGAUGCAAAGAUCACGUUUACCAAUUUCACGGAUGCGAAUGGAUGGGGCAGCGUGGGAUUGGCGACGAUGAUUGGCAUGGUCGGACCGACCACAACAUAUCUUGGAGCAGACAGCGCUGUACAUUUGGCGGAAGAACUCAAAGAUGCCAGCUACGUGCUGCCGCGCGCAAUGUUCUCCGCAGCCAUCAUCAACUACAUUCUCGGAUUCGUGACUACCGUGACUUUCAUGUUCAACCUGGGUGAUCUCGACGCGAUCCUGGAAUCCUCCACUGGACAGCCCUGGGUCGCAACACUAUACACCAUCACAGGAUCCAAGGCCGGCACGAUUGUUCUGAUUGUCAUCAUGACUGUCAUGUACUUUUUCUGUGCGGUCAACCAGGUCACCACAAGCUCCAGACAGGUCUUCGCCUUUGCUCGUGACAAGGGACUUCCGUUCCACGAGUUCCUAUCUCGCGUGCGGUCCAACGGUGUUCCAGCAAAUUCCGUCUACGUCACCCUGGCCUUCACAUGCUUACUUGCCCUCAUCAUCAUCGGAUCGACGGCCGCCUUCAACAUCAUCUUGUCGGUAUCUGCCACUGGACUCUUCACCAGCUAUCUGAUUGUCAUCUUCACGGUCUUGAUCAAGCGCUUAAAGGGAGAGAAAUUUCCACCUUCGCAAUUCAGUUUGGGACGAUGGGGUGUUCCUGUCAACAUCAUCGCCAUCUGCUUCCUCAUUGUGGCCUAUCUCUUCCUGUUCUUCCCCUCUGUACCGAACCCGGAUGCAGCUACCAUGAACUGGGCUGUCUUGGUUUACGGAGUGGUUCUUGUCUUUGCCAUUGGCUACUAUUUCCUCGUGGGUCGUCACCAGUAUGACGGACCCGUGAGCUACGUGAGAAAGGACUACGACGGGAGGUGAAAUAGAUAAGAUAGAUAGAUCGAUAGAUAGCCCGAUCAUCUUGCUUCUCUCAUCAUCAUCAUCAUCCAAACUCAAACAAUCCGAUCUUUGUACGUUUGCGCUUUGGGUUGCGUCGAUGCAAACGAGUCUCGCGUCGUUUCCAAGUGUUCCCAAAACUCUCGUAAUUGGGGAUACUUUUGUUUCCACUCGUGCUCGGGAAACCGCACGCCCAUGAAGCCCAACACGCUGCAGACGGCAAUAUCGGCGAUUGUCAGGGUCUCUCCUAUAAUGUAUUGUUGUCCUCGUGGGCGAUUCUCGACCCAUUUAUUCAAAGCUUGUAAACCUCCGUUGAUUUUUCGCGUUUGUCGUGCUGCCCACGGCUCGGAUUGUUUGUCUUUGUCUCUGUUUCUUUCCCAUAUGGCCAAUACUAAAGCGUCACAUAUACCUGUUUUUUUUUAUUGAAGAAGAAAUCAUGUUGCAAUGUUAGCUUUUCUUUUUCUUUCUCUCUUCCUCUCUUUUUACAUGUAUCAUUCAAUGUGAUUUAUAAUUCACCAUGGAUACAAUCUCACGAGCAAGGCAAUGUAACAAACGAAACGAAACGAAACGAAGCGAAACGAACCAUCAGCAACAACCUCAAUCUGCUUCGCCAACAGCCUCUGAUCCGCAUCCCGAGGAAUCAUAGACAGAGUAUCCGGAUGUUUGACUUCGAGCCAUUCGAGAAUAAAAUGGCUCUCGUAAACAGCUUGGUCGGUCUCAUUGUGGAUGAGUACGGGCAGUUUCUCCAGAGGAUUGUAGGUGGGAGUUUUGGUGUCGCUGUCCCAGGGGACUUCGGUUUGCAAUGUGAAGGGUAUGCCUUUUUCCGCGAGGACGAUGCGGACUUUGCGUGCGUAGGGGGAGGGGGUGGCGCUGAUGAGGGUG